AUGCCCCCCCCGGAGAACGCCAAUAGCUUUGUCGGCCGCCUCGCAACCUUCGAAUCCCCUCGCCAGCUCACCAAGAGGCGCGCCUCCAGCACCAAGAAGAAAGCCGCAACCACCGUGUCUUGGCCCCAUGACACCCCGAGCCCCGAGGACCUGGCACGCGCUGGCUUCUAUUAUUCACCCGACUCCGGCCAUCCUGACAAUGUUGCCUGCUUCAUGUGCGAUCGCAAGCUGGAUGGUUGGGAGCCGGAAGACAUUCCGGCACUAGAACACCUGAGCCAUGCGCCCGAAUGCGCUUGGGCGAUCAAUGCAUGCCUGCCUCUGCGCGAACCGGAGGAGCACGAGGAUCCUAUGAACGGGCGAAUGGUCGCUGCUCGCACCGCAACGUUUGCCGGAUCGUGGCCACAUGAGAAGAAAAAGGGCUGGAAGUGCAAGACAAAGAAGAUGGUUGAGGCGGGAUGGUGCUAUGAUCCCAGCCCGGAAUAUGAAGAUGGGGUCGCCUGUUUUUAUUGCAUGCUCUCGCUCGAUGGUUGGGAGCCCAAGGAUGACCCAAAGGAGGAACACUACAAGAGAUCGCCCGACUGCCCCUUCUUCAUGCUCAACGAUGCGUACGCGGAUGCUAGAAAAGCCACGAAAGGAAAGAAAGGCCGUGCAUCAACUGCUUCCAUGGCUUCUCGACUCUCCAUCCAAUCUACUAGGGACUUCGACACGUUCUCCGAGGCUCCAUCUCUUAUGUCCCUGGGCGACGACGCCCCUCACGAAGACGACAGUGUGCUGACUACGGCCAGUAACGCGACCACUACUUCCGUGGCUCGCGGCAAGAAGGGAACCGGCAAAGCUAAGGCUACCUCUAAGAAUACUCGCAAGACAAACAGAGGCAAGAAGCCUGUGGAUGAGCCUUCAGUUGUGGAGAUCGAGCCUCCAUUAAGCCUUGCUGAUGACGACCUGUCACUCGGAGGCCUCAAUGCAACCGACGGAGAUAGUGCUAUGACUACAGCAACCACGGCGUCGAAACCUGGCAAAGGCCGCAAGACGGCAUCCAAAGCCAAGCCCGCCAAGGAAGGCAAGAACACUUCCAGGACCACCAAGAAGACCGCGGUCGUGAAUUCGAUUGUACCGGAUAAGCCCACAGCUGAGGUGGCAGAGACUGAGAUGGAAAUUGAGCCUGUCAUCCCCCCUAUCCGGGCUACUCGGGGAGCGUCAAAACCCGAAGCGCCAUCUUUCGUCGAUCAGGCCUCGCAAUUCGAAUCUCAUGCAGAAAUAGAGCCCUCCAAACAUAGAGCGACAAGGGCCAAAGGAGGACGGAAAGCCAAAGCUGUCGAAGAGUCAAGACUGAGUAGCGAUGCAAGUCAGCUUCAGUCUGAACUGGAGGAUGCUGUCACUAAGGUGGCACAAGAACCAGCCAAACCUAAGAGAGGCGGGAAAAGGACAAGCGAUGGUGCUAUGAAAACCGACGACUCUGUUGUGGCUUUGGAUGAGCCUCCUAGGCCCCCUAAGGCCAAGAGGGGAAGGAAGGCGAAGGUCGAGGAGCCUGCGGCCAGGUCCGAGCAUGAAGACGAGGACAGCGAGAGCAUUCCACCGCCCAAGCCUGCUCCGAAGUCUAAGAGAGGUCGCAAAGCGAAGCAAGUCGUCGAGGAGAGCACUGUGGAGGCUACCGUAGAGGAAGCUCCGCGUGAGCCCACUCCGCCGCGCGAACCUACUCCAGUACAUGAGUCUCCAGAACCAGCUGAGCCGUCUCCCGAAGUAUCUCCCAAGGCAGCUUCUGAAGCAGCGAAGGAGCCUACGCCUCCUCCAAAGGAGAUUACGCCCUCACCUUCGCCUCAAUCUUCAGAUGCGGAAAACAGGCCACCGUCAUCACGAGUGCCAUCUUCACAUGCCCCUCCUUCAGCGCAAGCUCCCAUUUCAACGCGUGGCAUACGUGUUCCUCUUGCGGAUGCUAGCACGCCGCAGGUAUCUCCCUCUAAACGUAGUAAUAACGUCAUUGGUGGCCUUAGCUCUACGCAGCCUUGGGAAGCGGUGGAUCUUGAGAACGUAUUUCUGCAGUCACCCGCCACGAAGCGCAUUUUGCACGAUAACGGUGAGGAAUCCUGCAAGAUGAACGGAGGUAACUGGGAGGAAAUGUCGUUAGACGAGGCGGUGCGCAAGGUGCGCCGUGAGAUAACGGGCGCGGAGAAGAAGAUGACGGUCGAACAGUGGGUACAACACCAGGCUGAGAAGGGUGAGCAAGAGCUCCGAGAGCAGUGCGAGCGCAUGGUCAACAUAUUUGAGACGCAGGGGACCAAGGCGAUGAGGGCUCUGGAGGGGAUUCGCUGCUCCAACUAG